AUUUGCCGUGUUUUUUUUUUUAGUUGCGGGACUUUACUCUUAUUUUAAAAGACUGUUUAUAUUUUCUCACAGUCGCUGGCUUCACGGUUCCGGAAACAAUACCAUAUCCACUGUGAAAGCAUUAUUUCCUCUGAUCCUUUAUUGGGGUUUUGGUGUCUGAUUUCCUGAGCAUGUGAGAGAUCUGUCUGUUCUACACGGUUCUGCUUCUGGGGUCUUUGCGGAGUUUUCUGUAUGAAGGGGUGUCGCAUUUCUGUGUACCUUCUGCAUUUGUGGAAGUCCCAGGAUGUCACAGGUUGCUGUAUGAAAGAGUCUUUGCUGUUCUACCAGUGAGCCUGGAGUUCUUUCGACUUGGUAGAACAGGAUGGAUCAAGAAACGCGGGAUAAGUUGUCUGAAUUGGUGGAGGAGUUGACAACGUCUGGGGAACCACAACUAAACCAAGCCAAGAUGAAGGAAGUGAAGAAGAUUUGCAAGAUUUCCAAUGACUACAUUGAUCACUUUUAUCACCUCAUCAUGACCCAGCUCAAUCAGGACCACGCCGAGGUUCGCUUUUCUGCCUUUCAGAUGGCAACCGAGCUUUUCAGCCGUUCUCAUCAUUUCAGAGUUGUCUUGGUAGCUAACCUGCAGGAGUUCCUGGAGCUAACUGUAGAGACGGAUGCUGAGCAGCCGUUGCCGCCGCCGAAAGAGGUGGCCAGAAAGCUGAAGACCCAAGCUAUCCAGACUGUACAGGCCUGGCACACCACAUAUGGGGAGGCCUAUAAGAAGCUGGCUUUGGGUUAUCACUUCCUGAAGCAAGUUAAAAAGGUCGACUUUCAGGAUGUUGAAGCAAGAACACUGUCUGAGCGACGGAGACAUGAGGAGAAGCAACAAAGACUGGAGAGAAUUUAUAAGGAAAAGCUGGAAAAGGCCAAACAGGAAAUGGAAGAAAUGGCUUCUGAGAUUGAGGAAUCUCUGACUGAGAUGAACAACUGCAUGACCUUGAUCAUGCCAGACACUUUUAAUUUUUUUAGCACAUCACUCAAUGAGAAGACUUCUGAAGGGAGCUCUGAUCGCCAGAAGGGCACAGAUGUCUGGGAUGAAAAGCCGUGCUGCAGCAAAGACCUUAACAAAGAGGAUGGAAAAAUGGCAGAGACAUCUCAAAGAGAAGAAGAAAAAGAGGACAAUAAUGGAGACAGCGACACGGAGGAGGGUGUGGAUGAGGAUGUGUUUAUUCGCAGCUCUGGGCUGAUGUCCCACACUUACCGGCUCAAUCUGAGUGUGUCCUCAGAUCUGAACGUGAAAGAGAAUGAUGAGAAUGAAGCAUUAGUGAACACUAUGAGAGAUCAGCACCGACUCAUCACUACUAGAUACCUCCCUGUCAUCCAGUCCUGGAUACAGGUUUUUACAAAAGUUGGUGUGGAGGAGCAGCUGAUGAGACAAGCCACUGACCUCAAAAAGUCCCUUGAGAAAGUUUUAAGGAAACACGAUGAGCUUCAUAUAGACUACAAAACAAGGCAGAGACGAGUGCUAAAGGCUGAGGAUGACGAGGAUGACGAUGAUUUUGAAGAGGUGCCUGAGAAGGAGGGUUAUGAGCCUCAUAUUCCCGAGCAUCUGCGGGCUGAAUAUGGUCUUGAUUCGAUAUCUUCACCAUCUACCUCGGUGUCUGAACUAAAGCCAUCAAAGCCAGCUGAGCAACCUGCAGCUCCACCCAUGCCCUCAACUUUCAGUCGGAUUAAGAACAGGCUAAAUGAAGAAGAGCAGGACCCUACAUGUGCAGCUGCUACACUACGUGUCCUAAAAGAAAAAGUGGCCACAUCUGCAAGUAUAUUUGGAGGCUCUGUUAAACCCACCACCAGCUGCACUGAACAGGGGGGGGGGGAAGAGAAAGCUCCUGUCGUUCCGUUUGGUAUGGACCUCUACUACUGGGGAGAGGAGCAACCUACAGCUGGCAAGAUCAUCAAGAACACAUCUCAGCAUCAGUUUUGGGUGCCUCAUGAAGUGGAGGAAGAGUUUGAGAACAAAGAGCUGUCUGCACAGAUGAAGUCCAGGUGUAUAAACUUUGCUGGAUGUUUUCAACCUGUAGAGCACAAAUGCAAAGCACCGAAUCCCAACGGCUCAUUGUGUGAACGCCAGGACAGAGUCAAGUGUCCAUUCCAUGGCUUGAUAAUUCCUCGGGAUGAAAUCGGGAGGCCUAUUAAUCCAGAAGACGCAGCUCGUCUGGAGAGGGAAGAGUAUAAGCGCAGAGAGGAGCAGCCAGACUGGCGAGAUCCAGAGCUCAUGAGGGAGAUUGAAGCAGCUACGGGCGAGGAUCUGGGCUCUUCUAAAACAUAUGGAAAGGGUAAAAAGGGUGGGAAAGGGAAGGGAAAAAAAAGGAAAUAUCCCAAUCUCACAGACCUGAAGCAAACUGCCAAUACUUCUCGCUCAAGACUAGAAAAGAAAGUCUUUAAUAAGAGCUCCAUGAGACGAGUAGCGGAGGUCAUGAACAAGAUGGACACAAGGAAGCAUGAAAAAUUUGCAAAUCAGUUUAACUAUGCAUUAAAAUAAGAUUAAGGAUGUUCUGCUGUCUGCAAAACUGUGAGCUCAGCUCAACUGAAGUGCAAAAAAUGAGCUAAUUUCAAUGGUUCUAUUGUAUAACGAUGUCUAAUUAAAUAAUUUAUUACAUUUCUUUUUAUUGUACUGUAAUAAUGUACGUUUUGAGUUUGUAGAUAUUUUUGAAAAAAUAUUUUACUGUAAUUCGGUGCUGUUGAUAAAUGCCCCCCCUCCUUUUUUUUUUUUUAAUAUUAUUAUUAUUUAUUUAUUAAUUUUUUUAGCAUGCUUGUUUUUAUGUAGGUAUACUUGUAACUUUUUCAAUAAGUAAAAACAAACAAACAAACAAAAAAAAAACAGUUGCCAAUUUAAUAUCUAUAUGUAUUAGUUAUAUCUUCUACAGUUUAAAGAUAAUUUCCUUUUUUUCGUUUGUAGUAAGUUUUUAUAAACUCUAAACUGGCGUUUUCUUCCGGUUGCUGUAAGAAACGCGAUUCUGUUUAUUGUGAAAAUAAACUGCAUUCUUCAGAACA